AUGACAAAAUGGACAUCAGUCAAGGAUGUUGUGUUCAAUUGUGAUUUUGUCGAAACAGAAUGCAAAUCAGGCAAUGUCACCAAACGAUACAUUCAUAUGCAGAUAGCAGAGCAGAAAUCGACUGCGAAGUCUAAUCUCAGUUCUCUGAGAAAUCCUGAUGUCGUUUUGAUGGUAAUUGACUCAGUGGCGUCGACGCAGUUGAUAAGGGGACUGCCGAGAACGGUCAACUUCCUCCUACAUGGAAUGGAAGCAGUCGAGUUCCGGAAAUUCAACAAGGUCGGAUCAAACAGUCGUCCAAACGCGUUUCCUACAUUGGUAGGAAAAACCACAGAAGCUAUAACAAGAAAGAUGGCGAACUUGCCAACGAUACCAGCAGACUUGUCCUACGAUCAGUUCUGCAGACAAUAUCUCGACAAUGAGUCAUACAUUCCGCUGAUGUAUCAAAAAGCUGGAUACAAGGUGAAAAUUAAA